CUGAUUAUAAUAUCAUUAAUCUCACACUCCGGAUUAGUAGCGUUGUUGAUCCAGAACAACCACAACAACAAAAACACAACCUUCGUUCGACAGGAUGGUCUUUCGGAGCUCCACCUCCCUAAUUGGCCUCCUGUCCCUCCCCAUCAUCAUCCUCCUCCUCCUCCUCCGCCCCAUCUCCGCCAUCCGUCUAGGCCUCACCCGCCGUCACUCGCCGGACCUCCCCCUCUUCAGGGAGGCCCCCGCGUUCCGUAACGGCCACGAGUGCGGCUCCACCCCCGACCACGUCAUCAACGUCGCCAUGACCCUCGACGCCAACUACCUCCGCGGCACCAUGGCGGCGGUCCUCUCCAUGCUCCAGCAUUCAACCUGCCCGGAAAAUCUCUCCUUCCACUUCCUCUCGGCGCACCACGACGCUCCCGAACUAUUCUCCAGCAUCAAGUCCACCUUCCCCUAUCUAAACAUGAAGAUUUACCGCUUCGACAGCAACAGGGUCCGCGGCAAGAUUUCCAAGUCCAUUCGUCAGGCCCUGGACCAGCCCCUCAAUUACGCCAGAAUAUACCUCGCCGACACCAUCCCGGAGGACGUGAAACGCGUGAUAUAUUUAGACUCUGACCUGGUGGUCGUGGACGACAUUGCGAAGCUUUGGGGCGUGGACAUGGAAGGGAAGGUGGUGGCUGCGCCUGAAUAUUGCCAUGCAAACUUCACGCUGUAUUUCACGGACACGUUUUGGUCGGAUCCAGCUCUGGCGGAGACGUUCAAGGGAAGGAUGCCGUGUUAUUUCAACACGGGGGUGAUGGUGAUGGACGUUGACACGUGGAGGAAGGAGAGAUACACGGAGAAGGUGGAGUCAUGGAUGGCGGUGCAGAAGCAGCAGAAGAGGAUCUACCAUCUUGGUUCUCUUCCGCCGUUUUUGUUGGUUCUGGCGGGGAACAUAAAAGCGGUUGACCAUAGAUGGAACCAACAUGGUUUAGGUGGAGACAACUUCGAAGGAAAAUGCAGGUGCCUGCACCCUGGUCCCAUUAGUUUACUCCAUUGGAGUGGGAAGGGCAAACCCUGGUUGAGAUUGGAUUCUAGAAAGCCAUGCAUCGUGGACCAUCUUUGGGCUCCUUAUGAUCUCUAUCGCUCUUCUAGACACUUUUUUGAAGAAUAGAAAAUGAAUAUGAAGGAAAUUGAGUUUGAGUUUUAUUCAUGGAGAGGAUUAUCUGCUGCUUCAGCUAGCGUAGUAGCCUGGCAAUGGAUUGGAGUUGUAUAUUCCUUUUUUUUCCUUUCCUUUGUUCAGUUCUAUAUUCUUUUAUAUUCUUCUUUUUCUUCUUUUUCUUCUGUUCAUACUCAUUGGAGAAGCAUCACAAUACACAUAUACUAC